AUGACAAACACAGAAGUCGCCCUGUUUCGCAAAUGGUCAUACGAUGACGUCAGCCUUACAGAUUUGUCAUUGGUCGAUUGCAUUGCAAUACAAGGUAAAGCUAGAGUUUUUACCCCGCAUACCGCUGGAAGAUACCAAAAGAAAAGGUUCAGGAAAACACAGUGCCCAAUAGUCGAACGUUUAGUCAACUCAAUGAUGAUGCACGGAAGGAAUAACGGAAAAAAACUCAAGGCAAUAAGGAUAGUAAACCACGCAUUCGAAAUCAUACAUGUCAUGACAGAUAAAAACCCAGUGCAAGUCUUCGUAGACGCAGUUAAAAACGGAGGACCACGUGAAGAUUCCACCAGAAUAGGAUCAGCAGGUGUAGUCAGACGUCAAGCAGUUGACGUCUCACCACUUAGACGAGUAAAUCAAGCAAUCUAUCUCAUUUGCACUGGAGCAAGGAACGCAGCCUUCAGAAAUAUCAAAACUAUCGCCGAGUGCCUAGCAGACGAGAUUAUUAACUGUGCCAAGGAAUCACCCUCCUCAUACGCAAUCAAAAAGAAGGAUGAAAUCGAACGUGUAGCCAAAGCCAACAGAUGA